AUGUUUGAUGUCUAUGGAAAGAGGCAGUUGUGCUGGCAUGAGAGCACUGAAGCAGAACCUCAAGAUGAAUUGUACGAUGCACUUGCUGAAGUCUUAAACACAGAAGAAACUACAAAGUGCUACAAAAGUUACUUUCUGCCAUCAGGGAGCACUGUGAUACUAUGUGAAAGCCCAGCAAUAAUCUCAGAAGGCACUACAGGCUUAGUGACAUGGGAAGCAGCUCUCUUCUUAGCAGAAUGGGCUAUUGAAAAUAUUGAUAUCUUCAGAGAUCGAACCAUAUUAGAGCUUGGAAGUGGAAUUGGGUUGACAGGAUUGGCGAUAUGCAAGAGCUGUUUUCCUAAGAAAUACAUGUUUAGUGAUUGUCACCAGAAGGUGCUUUCAAAGCUUAGAGAAAAUAUUCAUUUAAAUGACUUUGUGCUUACUGAUGAAGAUGAUUAUGUCAACAAUCCUGAAAGAUUAAAAGAGUCAGACACUGUUCAGCUGUCUGUUUCAGAACUGGAUUGGGAGUCAAUUACAGAAAAGCAACUUUCACACAUUGAUGCCGAUGUGAUCAUUGCAGCAGAUGUUGUAUAUGACCCUGAUAUAAUAACGUCAUUCACAAACAUCUUAUGCAAGCUUCUCUUCGGUAAAAAAGUUGAACAGUGUUUGGAUAUCUUUGUAGCUUCUACAGUUCGCAACCCUAAAACCUACAGACUGUUUCAGACAAAACUAGACUCGCCAGCCGACUUCCCGAUUUGCAGGGAAGCUGUCUCCAUGCUCCCUCGUCAGCAGAUGACUAGGGAACAUGAAGCUGGCUUUCUUGCCAAUCAAGAAGCCCGGGGGGGCAAAGAACGGAUGUUUUCCACUCUGCACCCUACUCUCCGGAGGACCCUGAAAAUCACGGUUGGGCACAAGAUCGCUGCUCGUUUGAGACAAGUGAUCUGA